GCUGACAUUUUCUAUAGAAAUGGAAGUGUUUUUGUACAAUUCUACGGUUUGUAGAUUAUGUGGUGAAGAAAACGAUAAUGGAACCUUCUUGUACUCUUCAGAAGAAAAUAAUCAAAAUUUAUGUAAAACAAUUAACACCUAUUUGCCCAUAAAGGUUUCAGAUGAUGGGCAACUACCUCGUACUAUUUGUCCUGGUUGUACAAUUCAGCUUGAAGCCACCGUAGAAUUUUUGAAUCUUAUAAUAAAUGGUCAAAAAGUUAUAAGAAAGUUGUAUCAGCGAGAAAAAGAGUACAAAAGAAGUAUAGCUAAAGGUGCCAAAGAAAGUGAUGUGGAUGCUGACAAUAUUAUUUACGAAAUCAAUACUACUGAUGGUGUGUAUCUAGUUGACCACCCAGCUUCAUUGCAUAUAGCUGGUCUCGAAAAACCCAAACGGAAAAGGGGUAGACCACCAAAAAGUGCAAAAAGCCAAGAAGAAACAACUACCCAAAAGCCUGAAGAGUCUGUGAAAGAGGUUAAAGAACAACAAAAUGAAGAGGAGCCCUCUGGCAAAAGAAGGAGAAAGACUCCCACAAGAUAUAAAGAAGCAGUUCAGGGUCCAGAAUUGGAGCGUAUUUUAAUUGAAGAGGGUGUGAUAGAUGCAGAUGAGAAAACAGUGUCUAAGGCGGAGGCUGUGCGAGUCCCUAAGACUCCAGCCCCACCUAAAGAGCCUCAAGUCAUAGGGCAUUUGGAAAUUUCUGGUGAACCCAUUGUAGUUAUGAGAAGCCGUGGAAGGCCAAAAGGUCCAUCACGUCAGAAAAUUGAAGAGUGUCCAAUCUGUGAUAUGAAAUUUACUUCUGUGGGCCGAUAUAUGUCCCACGUAGCUCGACAUGGUCCAGUACAAUUUAAAUGUGGUUGUGAUACAGUCUUUGCUACAAGACAAAGUUUUUGUGAACACCAGAAGGAAACGGGACAUACAGGUCGUACUGUAGUACCCUGUGUACCUAAAGAGGAAAAUGAAGAAACAAAUGCAAAAACCGAAAUUAAGGACGAGACAGUUUCACAGGACAGUACAAGUCAAACGAGCACAGAUCAGACAAUGACCAUAGUAGACAGUGCAGAGACCAUGCAGGAGCUAAAUGAGACCCCCACGGUAACUGAAAAUGAACUAGAAGGUGAAAUAGUGGAAAUACAAGAGGAGGAAAUAAAUGUUGAAGGGGAUUACGUUAUCACUACUAGUGAAGAGAACAAUGAAGUGAACAUGGAUUCAACCAUAGAAACAAAAACUGAGACUGAAACAGAAGAAAAUGGACGACAUAAGUUCAAAUGCCAGUUCUGCCCGAAAUUGUAUAACAGCAAACAAAGCAAGUCACUGCACAUGAAGGCGGUCCACAUGGGCGAGCGAGGGCACGUGUGCGGCGAGUGCGGUGCGCGGUUCGCCUACCCGCGCUCGCUGGCGCUGCACAAGAUAUCGCACCGCCGCGCGCGUAACCGGGGAUUCGCCUGCGAUCUCUGUGGAAAGGUGCUAAACCACCCGUCGUCGGUGGUGUACCACAAGCAGUCUGAGCACGCGGCGCAGCGGUUCGUGUGCGGCAAGUGCGGCAAGUGCUUCCGCCACAAGCAGCUGCUACAGCGACACCAGCUGGUGCACUCCGAGGCGCGCCCCUACGCCUGCAAGAUAUGUAACUCAAGAUUUAAAACAAAACCAAACCUAUUAAACCACCAGCUCCUACAUUCGGGCAUCAAAAAGUUUUCCUGUCAAAUAUGUAAGGUCAAGUUCGCUCACAAGACUAGUCUUACACUGCACAUGAGAUGGCAUACUGGUCAAAAACCGUUUGUGUGCGGCGUGUGCGGGAAGAGUUUCAGCCAGAAGGGCAACCUGUCGGAGCACGAGCGCAUCCACACUGGCGAGAAGCCGUUCGCGUGCUCGCUGUGCCCGCGCCGCUUCACCACGUCCUCCCAGCACCGCCUGCACAUGCGCCGGCACGAGCUGACACAGCAACAGAACCUCAGAAUACAAGUAGAAAAUCCGGAGCAAGAAGUUGUAAUUGAAUCGCCACAGAAGCAACUUAAUGCUUCAAAUAAAGUUAAGAAGCCAAUAAGUCUUCUAGUGAACGAGUCGCAGAUCCGCGAGGACGAGAGCGAGCAGGUGAUAUACGUCGCGUACGAGAGCGCCGACGGCUUGCCCUCCUUCCGCGUCAUCAAUGAAGAGUCGGUAGAAAUAGAAGAACAGCCUCAGGCGGCUGAUUUGUAUUCCGGCUCGUCCCUCCUAGUGCCGUCCCAGCUCCAAGCCCUGCAAACUGACUCUGAAACUAUAUACCUGGAUAACCAGCAGCUUAUAAACAGUGAAGACCUACAGAUGCAGCAGAUGGAGAUCGAGAACGGCGAGAUCGAAAACGAACAGCUGGAAUUGGAUAAUGUGCAGCUAGAACUGGAAACGGAAGAUUUGGUGUUAGAAGAUAAUAUUAUGGAGGAGAAAGUGAGCGCGGAUCAUAUCCGGGACGCGCGCGGGCAAGGGCUACAGUUCACGAUGCAGGAUGGAACAAGACUGGCGCUCGCGUCUAUAGACGGCGGAGCUAUUCAGGUUAUCACUCAUGACGGACAAACGAUCCCAGUAGAAAUUAAUGGAUAUAAUGAAGAGGAGCAGGAAUCACAUUCGGAGAACAUUCUGCAACACUUGAAUGUUGUGAAAAGCGAGGACUCUGACAAUGUUACGUACUUCAUCAGAAAUGUGUCUAACACAUGGAAGAAAUAAACUUUUACUAAGAGAUCGGGAUAUUUUGUAUGUUUAUUAUACGAUUUUUCUGUUCCGCCAUAAUUCCUAGGCUAUUGCCUAUUUUUAGAGCGGAGUAAAUAAAUAAUAAAAAUUAAGUAA